ACAAAGAGAUUUCUUUGGCUUUUCUUGGGAAGCUAUGGACCUUAUUCAUGAUGUUUUGAACAUUUUAGUUCCACCCAUAGCACUCAUAUGCCUCAUUCUCUUCUAUCCAUCAUAUCUAGUUUACAAGUUUAUUAGUUACACUAAGAGAUCCUUAACCAAAGAGGAUGUGAGAGGAAAAGUGGUGCUCAUCACCGGAGCAUCUUCCGGCAUUGGUGAGUAUAUUGCUUAUGAAUACGCAAAGAGAGGAGCCCGUCUAGCCCUUGCUGCUAGAAGAGAGGAUCGCCUUCUAGCGGUAGCGGAUAGGGCGCUAAAGCUGGGAUCCCUAGAUGUUAUGGUGAUUCGUAGCGAUGUUACCAAGGUAGAAGACUGCAAGUUUUUGAUUGACAAGGCUGUGAACCACUUCGGACAAUUGGAUCAUUUGGUUAACAACGCUGGAGUUGCGCAACAUGCUCUAUUGGAGCAUAUCAACCAAAUCACCGAUUUUGUUCCAAUUAUGGACACUAAUUUCUGGGGUUCAGCAUAUUGCACUUAUUUUGCGGUUCCACACCUAAGAAAAACCAGAGGGAAGAUAGUUGUGAUUGCUUCGACUUCUUCAUGGUCUCCAACGCCAGGAUUGAACUUUUACAAUGCAAGCAAGGCUGCUCAAGUGAGCUUAUUUGAGACAAUCAGGACUGAAUUUGGAGGUGGUAUAGGAGUAACAAUUGUACUCCCUGGAGUGAUAGAAUCGGAAAUGGCAAACAGGAAAAUGCUAAUUCAGACUGGAUUGGAUGUCUUACCAAUUGAGUCGACUGGAAGAUGUGCCAAGGCAAUUGUAAACAGUGCUUGCCGUGGAGAUAUGUACUUGACUGAGCCAUAUUGGGUGGGGGUUGGAUUUCUACUCAAACUGUUGUGCCCUGAAGUGUUGGAGUGGACAUACCAUCUGCAUUUUGUCAAGAAUUUAUGGAAACUUUCAUGA